AUGACUUGCCGGGGGCACCAUCCCCCGGCACCGCCAGGGCCUCCUGGGGGCCCCCCUAUUCACCGAGUGCAACCCAAUCCAAGUUGGGGCCCACCACUCCCUGAGGGCCCCCAUGCACGGCCAGGGGCUCCACCAUCUUUUAUGCCCCCGGAUUUCCAUUCUGAGGCCCCCGGAAACCGUAGGGAAGGAGGAGGGAUUGUGGGGGGCCCUGGGGGCCCCCUUUAUCAGUUCGCUGGGCCUUGCCCUCCUCAGAGAUCUGGGGAGGGGCCUCAUGACGCUUCAGGGGGCAGGCGAAAUCCACGCAUGUCAGGGCCCCGCGCAGGGGGGCCCCCCAAGGGCAAAGGGGGCCCCCCUCCCUCCCGACGUUCGGGGGCCCCCCCGCUAAUGGGUAGCGGGGGGAGUCCGUGGCGUCCUUUGAACGAUAGCCCUCCACUGUCUGAGGGGGCCCCUAUACACUCGAAUUCAAAAUGUGAUAUGCCUUGGGGGCCCCCUCUAGCGUAUGACAGCGCGCAGCAACAACGGGGAACAGCAGGAGGCUUAGGUGGGGGCCUGGGGGCCCCCGGGCCUGCUGGGGGCCCUCCUUCUUCUUAUGGGCCCCUGCCGCCUUCACAUCAAACUGGAGAUCCGCAUUUUGUUCGUCUUAUCCAUGAUGGGGGCCCCAGAGAGACAGUACAAGGCAGGUGCUCAUCCGGAGGGAGGCCCCCAGGGCCCAGGGGUCGCCGGCUGCGUGGCGGGGGAUUCGUGCCUGAGUGCGAAGAUAGCAGCAGCAGCAGCAGCAACAACAACAACAGCAACAAUAACGAAAAAAAUAACAGCGGCAGCUGCAGCAUUCCAUUGGCCCCACCCCCUCCACCACCGGGCGGCGGACGCGAGAGAGGCGAUGAAUUAGGGGGCCCCAACGCGCUGCUCCUGGGGGCCCCUUCUAAUGGGGCCCCUAGGGGGCCCCCCGGACCCCUUCCUACAAUAGGCCGGGCCCUCUGGGGCAACAGGUCGUUAGCAGAAGCAGCAGCAGCAGAAGCAGCAGCAGCAGCAGUUAGUCGUUGUAUUGCAGCCGGCGCCAUACCCCAACAGCUGCUUUCUUUUCCCGCUCCCUUGCCUCCCGCAGAGAAUGACCUUACCGGUUCUGUGGGGCCCCGAGAGGGGCCCCCCUGUGGGGGCCCCCAGGGGUUUCCAGGACUUAUCGGUGAGGUCAGGGGCCCCCCGCCGCUGUCGGGGCCCCCUAGAGGCCCCCGGGGCCCCCCUCCUGAUUCAGAAGAACUUAGUGGGGGUGCUGCUGCAGCGGAAUUGGGAUCGCCAGACAGACGGGUACCUCCGGGGCCCCUACGGACCCUCGUGGGGCCCCCAGCCGGACCCAUGGGGCCCCCUGAGGGGCCCCUGGGGGCCCCACCGUCUUUGGAUGGCCUUCCUUUGCCAGACCCCGGCUUUGAUUCGUCGAGACAAACUAUUGAUGCUCGCUUCGGCUCAUUGGCGCAGCAGCUGCAGCAGCAGAAUCGGCAGCCGCUGCAGCAGCAACUACAACAACGUGGGCAGCAGCGGCAGCAGCCAUUGCCGCCUCCUGCAGCAAAUGCAGAGGGAUCUCUUAACUCAAUCCUCUCGAGUGAAGCGGCGAUGCAGUUGCUGAUGUUGGUUGCGCCACCGCAGCUGCAGCAGCAGCAGCAGCAGCAACAGCAGCAGCAUCAGAACAUGACACCGGGGUUGAGUAUGCCUGCAGCUGGCAGUUUAAUUCCUGUUACUUCCCAGCAGCAGCAGCAGCAGCAGCAGCAGCGUGCAGUAUCAGAGGCGCUGCUUCAAGGGCUUGCAAUGGGAGCUCAGCUGCAACUGCAGCAGCAGCAACAGCAGCAGCAGCAGCAACAGCAGCAGCAGCAACAGCAGCAACAGGGGCCGCGUGCGGGGCCCGCGAAUCCACUGGCUUCGCUGGGGGGCCCGCAGCAGCAGCUGGCGCUGCUGGAGUCGUUGCGAUCUGCAGCAACAGCAGCAGCUGCUGCUAUCCGCGGCAAUCCUGAAGCUGCUAGUGUAUCACAAUCCACAGAGGCCGUGCUGCUACAGCUGCAGCAACAGCUGCAGCAGCAGCAAAACCCUGCGGCGUUGCAAGCACUUUUUUCCCUGCAGCAAGCAAUCCAAGCUGCUGGUCCUGCAUCACUGCAGCAGCAGCAGCCGCUGCCACCUCGACAGGAAGAGCAGCAGCAACAGCCGCUGCAGAAGCCGGCGUUUCAGCAGCAGCAGGAGCAGGUACCGCAACCCCCACCUUUGGUACAGCAGCAGCUGCAGCAAGGUGCAGCUGCUGUGCCGCAGCAGCAUUUAGUAGGGGUGCUCCAAGGGCAGCAGCAGCUGCAGCAGCAGCAGCAGCAGCAACCAAGUGCACCUGCACCCGAGUUUGCGCCUGAGCCGCAGCAGCGACAGCAGGCGCAACAACAGCAACAGCAGCAGCAACAGCAGCCCCAGCAGCAAGCAGAGAAGCAUUCCCAGCAGCACGGCGUCGGGCGAGUAAAAAGCUCGCUGUUGCUGGAGUUGUCACGGGUGCCGGAGCGUCUGUUGGAUCCACAGGAGAACGAGGCGGCGCAUAGUUGGUGUUACUUAGAUGCCUUCAACAAGUGCCAGGGGCCCUUUUCAACUCUGACGAUGUUGCAGUGGCUGGAGUUGGGGUAUUUCGACCCCACGAGGCCUUUACGGCGAGACGACGAGAAAGGUUUUACUCCUCUUCACGAUGGCUCUCGAAUUAAAAGAGCAGCAAAAGAUAUUGUGCUAUCUGCUCGGAAAGUCGCCUACCGAGACAGUGGAGUACCAAAGGCCUGCGCGAAGGUGCAAUCAGCUCAGGCGGCGUUGGCUCCACUCUACGUGCUGGCGAAGAAGGAUAGGGGAAGACCUGGGACGCCAUCGAGCCGCAACGAGAAGAGACGGAGGAUGUAA